CCAACCCUGGUCCUCCAGUACUGAAGCAUCCAGAGGCUGAGGAGAGAAUAGAGAUGCCUGGGGUAUUCCUUACACAUGUUCCAGGGCUGCUUGCCCCUUUCUCUUUUCUUCUAAAUUCACCAGAUUCCCGUUUUUUUCUUCUAAGGCAAAUCUCUGAUCGGGACACAGGCAAGAAUUUAAAAAGUAGCGAAGAUCCUGAUCAUCAGUCAAUGCUGGACUGAGGAUAGUGUGGUGGGGGAUUUGAUGGGCCAGCCUGAGCCAUGGCUCAUGGGAGGAAGUCAGAGAAGAUCACCAGAAUCCUGGGGCCCAGCCCUCCACCCUGCCCUGGAUCCACAGGAUCCACAGAAGAGUCUAAUGAAGGACCUCAUAAUGAAGGACCUCAGAAAGAAAGACCACAGAGUUUGAGGAGUAUGGGCCCUCCGCCCUGCCUUGGCCACUUAUCCACAGGGGAGCCUACUGAUAAAGGACUGAUGAGCCUACUGAUGAGUCUGAGCAGCAAAGGGCCAACUAUAGAACCUCAUAAUGGGCCUCGGAGUCUGAAGAGUGAGGACCAUCCUCAGCACUCUCAGAGCACCAGCAUUGAGGAGCUGGACAAUAACAAUGAUGAGAGGACCCCUGGGUCUGCUGCACUUGUCCCUGUCCCUGCUAGUGCAACACAGGCCCACCCAAACCAAGCCUACAGCCACCUGACUCAGGCAACACAGGCCCACCCAAACCAAGCCUACAGCCACCUGACUCAAGCCCAGAACUACCCUCAGCAGCCAGAUGCCCAGUCCCAUCCCCGACAUCCCCAGCAGCAUUGCAGAGAGAGUCCAAACAGCCCCAGCACCAGGCCCACCUCUGACUCCCCAUCCAGUCAGGAGAGCAAGCCCAGGACUGUUAAACCACCACCUGUCCUUACCAGUGCCCAUCCUAACCAGCCGUAUCUGAUUAGUCCCUCCGGUUCACCUCUUCCUGUCCCUGCUACAGCUAGUGUCUCCUCUGAGCCCCCGCUGAACCAGCCCGGUGACACCAUCAUCCCUGACAGCAUGGAUGAGGAGGAAGAGGAGGAGGAGGACAGCUGCUCAGAGUAUGACAACGUGGGUUCGGACGUGGAGGGUGUGGAGCAAGACAUUGAUCAGGUACUACAGGUGGAAGACCAGAGUAUGCAGGUGAGGUACUACAAACACUAUCCUGAGCCUCAGGAUGGAAGUUAUGUAGAUAGUGAGGAUGGCAUCUAUGUGGAACACCAAGACAGAACCUACGCGGAACACCAAUACAGAACCUACGUGGAACACCAAGACAGAACCUACGUGGAAUGUGAAGACAGAACCUACGCGGAACACCAAGACAGAACCUACGCAGAACACCAAGACAGAACCUACGCGGAACACCAAGACAGAACCUACGCGGAACACCAAGACAGAACCUACGCGGAACACCAAGACAGAACCUACACGGAACACCAAGACAGGACCUACGUGGAACACCAAGACAGAACCUACGUGGAAUGUGAAGACAGAACUUACAUAGAACACGAAGACGGAACCUACGUGGAAUGUGAGGAUGGUAACUAUUGCCCCAAGGAUGACUCCUAUGUAGAAGGUCAGGAUGGUACCUAUGUGGAGGGGAACAGCCUGGAGGGGGGUGGGAGCAGCACUGGACAAUGCAAACACACCAGGUCACUGUACGGACCUGAGUCUGAGGAAAUGGUUAUGUAUAAUGAAAGACUAGAGACACAUGCAAAUCCCUGUAUCUCAUCUGAGCAUCAGUUCAGUGACAAUCCAUGUCAUGCCCCCAAGGCUGGAGACGAGGAGGAGAAAGGGAAUGUGGAGGUGCAGGAGGAGGAGGUGGAGGGUCAGGAGGAAGUGGAGGGGCAGAAGGGGCAGGAGGAGGGGCAGAAGGGGCAGGAGGAGGGGCAGAAGGGGCAGGAGAAGGUGGAGGGGCAGAAGGGGGAGGAGGAGGGCCCCCUAUAA